AUGGCGCACAGGAGGGCAGCGUUUCUUCUAGCAGUGGCGCUAACUGUGCUGGGCCUCGCCACCACUCAGGCGCAGCUACAGAAUGGGUUCUACAAGGGCAAGUGUGGCGCCAACGACGUGGAGGCGAUCGUGCAGGGCGUCGUCAAGGCUCGCUUCUCCCGCGAACCCGCCGUCGUCGCCCACCUGCUGCGCUUGCAGUUCCACGAGUGCGGCGUCAAUGGCUGUGACGGCGGGCUUCUGAUCGAUGGUCCGGGGACGGAGAAGACGGCGCCGCCGAACCUGAGCGUGAAGGGGUACGACCUGAUCGCGGACGUGAAGACGGAGCUCGAGAAGCGGUGCCCGGGCGUGGUCUCCUGCUCCGACAUCGAGAUCCUCGCCACCAGGGACGCGGUCCGUCUGGCCGGCGGGAACGCGUACGCGGUGCGCACCGGGCGGAGGGACAGGCGGCAGUCCAAGGCGGGCGACGUGAACCUGCCGGGGCCGGAGAGCACGGUGGCGCAGGCCACCGCCUUCUUCGGCAAGCUCGGGCUGGGCCAGAUGGACAUGGUGCUGCUGCUGGGAGCGCACACGGUGGGCGUGACGCACUGCAGCGCCAUCAAGAGCAGCCGCCUCUACAGCUACGGUGGCAAGGCCGGCGCCACGGACCCGAACCUGGACCCCUACUAUGCGUUCGUGUACAAGAACUACGUGUGCCCCAACAAGCCGUCAACCGACAACACCGUCGUGUUCCUGGACGACCAGUGGAGCGCGCUCAAGGUGGACAAGAGUUUCUACAAGAUGCUGCAGAAACGCCGCGGCGUGCUCUCCGUCGACCAGAACCUCUACGGCCACGGCGCCCCCACCAGGUGGAUGGUCGACAUGCUCGCCAACACCGAAAACUUCAGCUGGCUCUUCCCCCAGGCGCUCGUUAAGCUCAGCGAGGUCAACGUCCUUACCGGCGCACAGGGAGAGAUCCGCAGGGUCUGCAACAAGUUCAACUGA